AUGAAGAUCCUCAUUGUGGGCGCAGGACUUGGCGGCCUCGCGGCUGCGUACUGCUUUGCCAAGGACGGCCACCAUGUCUUUGAGAGGCGAGAGAAAUUGUCGCCAAAGGGGAGUGGACUGCUGAUCCGUCCUGGCGCGUCUCGCAUUCUUCAAUCUUGGGGCCUUGGAGACGCCAUUGAACAAGUCGCGGACAUCUGUCUCCCGAUCCUCAUCCGAGACCUGGAGACCGGGAAGGACAAGAUACGCACUUUGCCAGCAUCUCUCACCAAAUAUCCAGAUUGGGGCAUUCAUCGGCCGAUUUUACAGGAUAUUCUCUACCAACAUGCCGUGCACGCUGGGGCCGAGAUUAUCUUCCGAGGGAAAACAAUAGCUGGAGAUAUCAUUCUCAUUGCUGACGGGAUUCAAUCACGCCUGCGUACUAAAGUUUUAUUUGAUGUUUCUGCGGGCUGGUCGGUAAACCCGCAAAUCAGCGAUUCAGUCUACUAUGGCGUAACAGUGCCACAGAAAGAACUACAAUCGGAUGGUGACGCCAGCUUAUUGCUACAGGAAUUCGACACAUGUGUUUGGGCAGGCGAUGAACGUUUUGUCAUUGGUCGGAAGCCCAGAAAAAUGGAAUUCUGGAGCGGCUUGUUCGGCCUCAAACAUGAUGAUGGCCAUGCUAGCAUGUGGAGCGAGGAUGGAGAUAUCGCAUUUGUGAGGCAGCAUUUUGAGGGGAUAUGCCCUCCACUUUCUGCAGUUCUCAAAUUGGCGACUAAGUGCGACAGGUGGAAGAUUGCCCAAAUACCAAAUCUUCCCCGAUGGACGAGUAGGACUGGCAGAACCAUCCUAUUGGGUGACUCAGCCCAUGCAAUGGAGCCCAAUGCAGCACAGGGCUUGUCGCAGAUUAUCGAGGAUAUUGGGGUAUUGCACAUAUUGCUUGUGUCACUUCCUUACCUGAAUGUCUCAGUGAUAAGUAGAUUCUGGGAAGAUAUUCGAAAGCCUCGUGUUGAACGCAUCAAAUCGUUUGCUGCUUGGAACACGCAAAGAUUUCUCGGGCACAAAGAUCACGCGGCCUCGCAUCAGAAAUAUGCUGAUACCGACUGGGAGUCUAUCAAAGAUAUCGAACCAGAUCCUGCUGCAGAUUUCGCAAGCCCUGCGUUUAUCAAGUGGGCCCACGACUAUGAUGUCGUUGAACAAACUACAAAGUACUUGGAGGAAGUCAACACACCAAGAUCGCGAUUUUAAUGGUUUCAUAUAACAUAUGCUAUGUGACGAUGGAUAUCAAACUAUGAAUCUUCAUGGUGUAGUCCAGUUGCCUUCCAUUUGUUGCACACCCCACCUCAUCCAAAAGAGAUUGUGACAGAUCCUGGAAUUCGGGAAAAAGAUGUUUCCUUAUCAAGUAAAAUUAGGAAAAAGCUGAC